GUUGGACGGCGGAAGGCAGUCCAUGGAAAGUGGCAGCAAGAGCAUUCUUCAAGAACGCAAAGCUUGUUUCGGCCGGAACAAGAAUGGCCUGGUCGUUGAAGACCAGUUAAUUGUUUAUGGUAGCCAGCGAGCUAUUGGAUAUGUAAACAACGUAUCUCGGGGUGGCUAAGUUGUGUUCGUAGAGUGAAUGUCCGUCCUCCAGGUUAAGGUUAGUUUGCAGUUAAGCCUUGAAAGCAGGCCAGCGAACGUGUUGCUGAAGUUAUUGUUUAGAUAUUGUGAUAAUACAGUGGAGGCCUGGCCCGUGAAUUGUUGGAAACGUGGUGUGGAGAGAACCACAUUCAAAGUGCCCGCCAGCGGGAAUAUCUCUUAUGCUAGGUGAAGCUGUGCACCUGAUUGGUGGACGGCGGCCCUGCGCAGUGUCUGCGCACCGCCCACGCACACGCCUGGAGGAGGGAGAGGCAGGCAGGGAAGACCCACACCUGACCACGUGUAGACCUGCUACCGACGUCCCUAGAACAGUAGUUAUCUAGUGCUGGCAAGACUGCUUGGACCUCGACCAUCCUCUCCCCUGAGAAACCUACGCAUCGCUUCAGCCCUCCAACAAGAAAACUACAACUCAAGGUUGCAAUAUGGUGAGAUGGUGCAGUCAGCGUGGAGCGACGAAGGUGGUGCCCUGGGCCGUGAUGAUGGUGAUGGUGUGGUGUGUUCAACCCGGCCUCACCAUCCGUGUCGACGACAAGGAAGGCUUCGGUCUCUGCAACGUGCCACAGGUGGGCAAGCUACAGACGGUGGCGGUGAAGGAGUGCAGCAAGUGGCCCUGCCUGGCACAGGUCGGCCGCUCCGGCACCUAUGAGGUCACCUUCACUCAGGAGACAGAGAACGUCAUCUACAGCAUCGAGAGCAGCAUCUACGUGUGGGUGAAGCUGCCGUUCGUGCAUGGAGGCCGAAAACCGGUUCGCGUUGUCAUGCCGGGGGAGAAGGGAAAGGACCUGUGUGGCCACAUCAGCCCUCCCUGUCCCCUACGGCCCGGUGUGCCAACCACCAUCAGCAAAUCAAUCACCAUCCCACUGCAGGCUAGGCUGGCCCAAGGUACCGUUGUGGUGGAGUUUACUGUGAUGGAUGAACAGGACCGUGUUCUCAUCUGCUUCCGCGCUCCUGUUAUAGUCGUCUGAGUCGCCAGCUGCCCUUGAACAGUUGGCUGCGUCGCCGUUUCCACUUGAAGCAGCUGGUUGCGUCGCCCCCUGCACCUUGACGCAGUUGGCUGCGUCGCCAUCUCCACUUGAAGCAGCUGGUUGCGUCGCCCCCUGAACCUUGACGCAGUUGGUUGCGUCGCCACCUCCACUUGAAGCAGCUGGUUGCGUCGCCCCCUGUACCUUGACGCAGUUGGUUGCGUCGCCACCUCCACUUGAAGCAGCUGGUUGCGUCGCCCCCUGUACCUUGACGCAGUUGGUUGCGUCGCCACCUCCACUUGAAGCAGCUGGUUGCGUCGCCCCCUGUACCUUGACGCAGUUGAUUGCAUCGCCACCUCCACUUGAAGCAGCUGGUUGCGUCGCCCCCUGCACCUAGACGCAGUUGAUUGCAUCGCCACCUCCACUUGAAGCAGCGAGUUGCGUCGCCCCCUGCACCUAGACGCAGUUGGUUGCGUCACUACCUGUCGCAAUAUAACCACUGCGUGUUCACCUGCACCUACUGAUUCAUCCUAAAUUAGGCUGCCAUACAUAUUUAUUAAAAUUAUUCACUCAUACUCUUA